AUGGAUUCUGAAGGAACCAUAAACCUCGAACGGAUUGAAUCCGAAUCGCGCGGAUCGCCGCGCCGGUCGAGGAGCCCCGAGCGCGAUGAGCAAGCUGCGCUGCCACGCGCUCGCGGCCGUGGACAAAACCGCCGAGUGUCGGCGGGCCGUGAGCUGCGGGAUGAGAGCGGACCGGAACCCUUUCGGUCGCCCCGUGGCAGGCAGCCCGUAGCGGCCGCCAGCUGGAAGCGUCAAAAUGCAUGGGAGACCCCGGUAGCGGCCCCAUCUGCUGCGGGUGGUGCGCUGCCUGUCGGUGCGCUCCCGGUGCCAGCAACUACAGGACGCCACGUGGAGGCGCCUGUAUUUCAACCCCCGACCACGCCGACGCCUGAGCAGCCGGCAACCCUAGGUGCCCCGACAGGGGGCGCAGCACCCGGAGCAGCUGGGCCGGGCUACGAAAUCGAUGAUGAUGACAUGGGGCGGUUCGAAGACCGAAUCGUCUACAACGCGCCGGCGAUUCCUCACGCGCCUAAGUUGGAUGGCAUGACGAAGGAGCACUGCCGGCUGUUUAUGCGCAAGUACAACGACUACCUGGAGCAAGCCAAACAAGAGGCCGAGGUGUGUGAGGUGCUCUCCGCGAAGAUUAACAAGGCAGAGAAGGAGGGCCUUCCAGAGGUCUCCUCGAAGAAGCUCACCCAGUUCCUCCGUGAGAACAUCGAUGUGUUCCGUCUGGAGAUGGUCGGGGACCCCCCGAUCAAGGUGGAGCCGCUCCGGGUUCGAGUCAAGCCCGGAGCGGUCCCUGUCAAGUGUGGAUUGAGGCGGUACCCGCCCCUCUACAUGGAAUACCUCGAGGGACACGUGGCGGAGCUGGAACGGGCCGGUUUGGUGUACCGAAACAACCGGUCCAGGUGGGCAUGCGCCCCGCGCAUCGUCCCCAAGGACCCGGGCGACUACCGGAUGACCUUCGACAGCCGCCCGGUGAACGCUUGCACGGAACCGAUGCCGUGGCCCAUGCCCAACCUGGACGCGGUUCUUUCGAUACUGGCCGGCAAGUCCGUGUAUUUCAGCCUCGAUUGGAUGAAGGGCUAUUGA